AUGUCCGCCAAUUUUCACGAAGUGCUGACAGUGACCGACAAAGCCGAUUCCAGCCCAAUCUCGAUACGGCCUGACGACCAUGACAUACUAUGGGAGGAUGUCCGCGAGAAGAGAAAUCCCAUGAAUUGGAAUCUUGGUGUCAAGAUCUUUCACACAGCGAUUCCAUGCAUCAUAUCAACAUUUGCCAUCUCAGUCACCGUCCCGGCUUCUCCUCACAUCGCCGCGGCUUUCGCUGUCUCUCGAACCGAGUCUCUCCUCCCGCUAACGCUAUAUACCCUGGGAUUGGCCUUUGGGCCACUUCUGAUAGCCCCGUUUUCCGAGGUCCUCGGUCGUCGUGGGAUAUACAUUUCGACGUUCUUCCUCUUGCUGCUCUUUACCGGUGCAGGGACGGCGUCUCCGAAUUUUGCGACUCUAUUGGCGUGCCGCUUUCUAGCAGGCUUCCUGGGAUCGUCGUCCAUGGCGAUCGGGGCAGGCACAGUGUCGGAUAUCUGGGUCUUACAGAAAGCUGGAGGUACCGUUGGCCUGUUCUUCAUCCUCGGUCCUUUUCUGGGCCCGAUUUUGGGUCCCAUCGCAGGAUCGUACAUCCUCGAGGAUCAUGACAACGACUGGAGAUGGACGCAGUGGUUGAUUCUCCUGGUGGGUGCACCGGUGUGGCUCGCCUCCCUAUGCAUGAAGGAGACCUCCAAAGCAUAUAUACUUCGGCAUGACAAGACGGGAGACGCCGUUGCAGCUACCGGCUCCGGCACCUCCGCCGCCUUGUAUCAGACAAUGGUCAAGAUUCGCUUCGCCGUCCUUCGGGCUGUCAAGUUGCUUUUCACCGACAUGGUCGUCUUCUCGCUAUCGCUGUACACGGCAUACGCCUAUGCUUUGACAUUCAGUUACUUUGCAAGUAUCCCCUACGUAUACCCGCGAUAUUACGACUUGAGCCAGAAGGAGAGCAACCUAAUGUUUCUGAGCAUUAUGAUUGGCUAUAUGCUGGCCAUCGCUGUAUUUGCCUUUUUUGACCGGACAUUAUAUGCCAGGGCGCGGGACGCUGUCGCAGGAGCCAUGCCACCGCCCGAGCAUCGUCUGUACUCUGCUCUAAUGGGCUCCAUUUUCCUUCCGAUCAGCUUAUUCUGGUUCGCCUGGGCAGGUCGGAGAAAUGGUCACUGGGCUGUACUGGCCAGCAGCGGAAUUCCUUUUGGUCUCGGCGCAUUUUCAUUAUUUUUGUCUGCCAUCAACUAUCUUGUCGAUGUGUAUCAGUCUAGGGCGGCUGCAUCUGCAUUGGCUGCCAACGGAGCACUGAGAUUUACUAUGGCAGCUGUCUUUCCCCUCUUCACCCUACAGAUGUACGAGCGGCUGGGUAUUCGUUGGGCGGGGACCCUGUUUGGGGCGUUGUCCAUCAUCCUGCUACCCAUUCCCUGGUUACUAUUCCACAAGGGACCUCAACUCCGGGCCUGGAGGAACAGCGGAACCCAAAGUGUCAUUUGAUCGACUCCAUCUCCUCAAGUGACACUGUCCUUUCAAGGAUCAGCAGAUGGUAAUAAACGAAAUGAGGCAUCCACUGGAAACUCCUUAAAAAACCAGAUGCGCGUAAGUCUCAGAGAUGUACAGGAACAGAGUGCUUAAUACCCGAGCGCGAGCCCUACGAUUUCACAUAACCCAAUCAGGCCUUACCUUUUGAGACCAAUGUGCAGCAAUCCCUAGAAUUCACCAGCUUUGCUCUCUACAUGUGUCUAGAGCAAGUCAAACCAUGUACUACUGUUUCUCUGGCUGCAUUCUGCAAAUAUGCUACAGCAGCCCGACGUGUGCGCCGAUACAUCUAUUCGGGUGGGGUGCCUUACAGCUUGGGAGUCAACAAAGGAGAUUUGAAUGGUCGUAGAAGCGGGCUUGAGGCAAAGCACGCUACUGAUACCUAGCAAGGUCGACGAAGAGGGCAGACUCAGAUGGAUCCUAUUUCGCCUUCGUGCAAGAUACGCCG